CCAGAGAUGUCGCAGCUUCAACAUUUCCUGUGUUUUCUCUACCUGGUUUGGGUCGCGCAGGGGGAAGAGUGUGUCGAGCCUGUCCCCGCGCGUAUUGUGGAUUCGACCCCACCUCCUUUCCCUAGCACGGAGAGGCUUAUCCGGGAAUCCUCGGUCAUUGCCAAGGGAUACGUGAAGAGCAUCAAUGACCUGGCCGACGCUCGACACAAGGAAGCGCUAUUCAUGGUCUUCAACGCACUGUGCUUCGACCGCUGCAUCGACCAACUGAUGGUCAAAUUUGUGGAUGACGAUGACCACAACGCGGGAGACGGGUUCCUGCACUAUCGGUUUACGAAGGAAACUGAGGAUUAUUACCUCUUCCUUCGGCGGGAAGGGAAUGAGUCUACUUUCAGAAUACUGGACGUGAAGCAUGAGAAUGAGUUUGAGCAGGAUUUAGCCGUGCGUUAUUUCAAAGCGUGCGCAGCGACGCGGAUUCAACCAGACGCCGCCGCCACGUGGUACGAGUCGAAGCACGGCGCCCAGACGACCUUCGUGGUGGCCAAGGGCGACAACGUCCUCCUCAAAUGCGAAGCGCCCCUCGAGAAAACGCUCUUUGGCUUCGAAGGAUACGUUCUCACUCUGGGCUUCCCCGGUGGCGAAGCGGUCAACCAAGUGAGCCUCCGGGCCGAGGCGAGGCAGACCGUCACCUGCACCGCCGCCAUGGAGAGACGCCCGCAGGAGGUCCUCGGCCGCUCGACUCUCACCCUCGACGUCGUAGAUCCGCCGUACCUUAACCUGUCUGCGGAAAGCCCCGUGUUGACCUUGAGCUACGAUGACCUGGGAGAGAACCCUGUGCUCUCGUGGCCCAUCAGGUUCAUGGGUUUUCCUGAGCCAGACUUCCAGCUCAUUCACCCCAAUGGACAAGAAGUGCAACGAGGCAAUUGCAGAGACCUCCUCGACAACGCCACCGUCUGCCACUUAGGGAGUCUGCCUCUGUCGCUCUCUGCCGGCGAGUUCGACCACGGCCUGUUCACCCUCGUGGCCACCGCCGGGAGGGAGCAGAGGAAUCUUUCACUCAUGCUCAACCUGACCGACCCAGAUCCCCCAAGCUGGCUGGCACAAGACCCGAGAAGAAACAGUUCCAUCAAGGUUCAUUCAGACCAAACGAUCGACUUAAACUGUACCGCUGUGGGAGUACCUCGGCCCACGUACCUGUGGAAGAAGGACGAAGAGAUCGUGGCUUAUGAAGAUGGCUUCGUGGAGGCAGAUGAGUCAGGCGCGGUGCUAAGCCUGAGGAAAAUACGGACCAAAGAUGUUGGCUUGUACGUGUGCUUGGUGCAGAACCGAGCGGGGUCCUUGUUCGCGCGCUUUGACCUCCAGGUUCUGAACGAGCCUAGAGCCAUUCUGUGGGCUGUCGCCGCGCUCGGGAUCGUCGUUAUGCUGUGUGCGGUUUGGGUCAUCUACAACAGAGGCAGAAUAUGGCUCAUCUCCAGGAAGUACAGACGCGAGGCGAAGAAAGAGUGGGAGGCCGGAAACCCCAGCGCCUUGACCUCUGACCUGAGUCUUCAAGAGCAGGCGGAUCUGCUCCCAUACAAGGUCAAGUUCGAAGUGUCGAGAAACAACAUUGUUUUUGACAAGUUACUCGGCUGCGGCGCGUUUGGCCGCGUGUACCGAGCACAACUGGAGAUUCCGGACACGGACGCCGCCCCUGUCACAGUGGCUGUCAAGAUGGUGAAAUCUCGCAAGGACAAGUUGCAACUCAGUGCCUUGCAAUCGGAGCUCAAGAUCCUCAUCCAUAUUGGACAACACGUCAACAUCGUCAACCUGGUGGCCGCGUGCACCAAGAACCUGCACAUUAGGGGGGAGCUGAUGAUCCUCGUGGAAUAUUGCCGAUUCGGGAACAUUCUGGACUUCAUGAGGAGGAACCACAGGACCUUCGUGAACCAGCUCGACCCGGAGACGGACUCCAUCAACCCGUGUGUGGCGCGACUGCCGCAGGAGAACUUCAGGAACUCCGUCGCCGACAUCGUGUACAUCAGCGAAGGCCGCGUAGCUUUCCAGAACGUCGACAGCAACGCCACCUGCCCUGACCUCUUCCCGACGUCUCGCGAGGUGCUUCUGAGCAGCACGCAGCACUCCCAGGCUUUAACCAACGUCGACUCCGAGAUGAGUACUUUGACCCUGAUCAGUGACACGCACAACAUGGAGACCCCCAGCGCACCGUCCGACCCCGAGGAGAGGGACAAGCCGCUGUGCUCCCGAGAUCUCCUGUGCUGGGCCUUCCAGGUGGCGCGGGGCAUGGAGUACCUCGCGUUCAAAAAGGUUUUGCACGGCGAUCUGGCAACGAGGAACAUUCUGCUGUGCGAGAAGAACGUCGUCAAGAUCAGUGACUUCGGACUCGCCAAGGACAUCUACAAGGACGAGAACUACCGGAAGAGCAAGAAUGUGAGUGCUGGGUUUCGCGCGGCUGCCGGUGAAGUGUUCGUAGAAGCAUUCGUGUGGAAUCUUCUGAGCAGUAGUCGUGUGGGCUUCAGGUAUUUUUCUCUUGAAUCAGUUUACUUCUUAGUCAUAUUUAUGUUUCUUAAUUCAGGGUUUAUCUUCUUGAUCUAUUAUCUUUCUGAGAUCAGCCUGUUUACUCUUGAGAAAUUUUUGAGAACUAGGUGGACCUGUGAGGUCAGGUAUUUAUGUUUUCUUGGAGAUUCAGGUGUUUAUACUUUCUUUGAGGUUCAGUACCUACCUACCUACCUACCUAUCUAUCUUGCUAUGUAUCUAUCUAUCUAUCUAUCGACCUCCUUCGCAAACAGCCUCGGGCGGACCCCCUUCCCCGGCGUCACCGUCGACGAAAAUUUUGUGAAGAAACUCGAGUCGGGGCUGAGGAUGGAGCGGCCACGGUUCUCCACGGCGGCCCUCUACAAGGUCAUGCAUGACUGCUGGAAGACAGAGCCCGAGGGGAGGCCUGCCUUCGGGGAAUUAGAGAAGACCCUGAGCCGGAUGCUGACCGAGGGGGACAAGGCGUAUCUGGAGAAGAUCCAGGAGCCCUACAACGAGGAAGACUCGGCCGAGGACGAAGGCCACAGUUUCUACAUGGACAUGGCGUGCAAGCCCACACCUUGCGACCCCGUGCAAGAGGAAUCCUCCGAAGCCGGUCCUUCGGCUGGAGACACGCCUCGGGGCACUCUUCCGGCCGUCUCGUCCACGCUCCAGCCGCCUUCGACGUCCCCGGGUCUCCGCCCUUCGACCCCCGCGAGUCUUGUGCCCCCGGCGGACGCGAAGAAAGGCUACGUGGUCCUGGCGUCGCUGGAUCACCUCCUGUGCCAGAGGGAGGCGGGCAGCCCUGCCGAGGAAGAGCGCCCGGUCUACGAGAACAUCGAGGGCAUCAGAGGCAGGCAGGGGCCCGGCUGUGAUGAGUGCGUGGCUGUGAAAGACCUCUUCAGUUCGGAUUAGCCUUUUCUUGCGCAGUCGCUCUGACUUUUUAGUUUCCUUUCGCUUUAUUUUUUUAUCUUAUCUCUCGCUGUAAAGUCUGAACAGGAAAUGUAAUAGAUGAUAAGCAAAGCAAGAAGUUCCAGAACCCUUACUCAGUUGAAACAAGAUCGGAAGUGAAGGGUCCAAGUAACACAAGACUCUGACGCUGACGCCAAGGACUGUGUGAAUAGCUAAGAAUGGCAAAGCGUGAUUCUUAAUUUAUGAUUCACUAUUCACGUGUCAUAUCGUGAAUGAUAAACUAGUUGCGUAUCUCUGGACCAACGAUUGUUGCAUUCCAUGCUGUUCAAGAACAUUAGUUUCUGAAAUUCAAACCAAGAGUUACUAUUAAAAUUUUCGACCAUGAUUGCCGUCAAACAAUCUCAUUAUUUCCAAGAUUAGCUUAAUUUAAUUGGUCAAAUCUCUUGUGUUCGAAAAAAAAAAUGUAACAACACUAGUGUGAGUUGGCUAAGAUUUACGAUUUGUAGAAAAAAAAUAAUAAAUAAAUAAAGUUAUUUUUUGAAGUUAUCUUCAGAAAUUGAAUAGAUUAUAGAUUGUUUGGUGAUACAGACGGUGUUAAGAAAGACCAAAGCAAGUGCAGGUGUCGUUAUCAGGGAUCUAAACACUUCAGUGGAUUGGUUUGGUGACCAAAAGGCGUUGCAUGUGUUUUGUGUUUUAUGAAGUUCACAGUAAGUCAACUUUGAAAGAGUUUUUAGAUCUCAAUAAUUUUGACAUGAAAAUUGAUUUUAUAUUUCAGCUGUCUGUCUAAUAUUCACUCACAUGUUAUAUAAAUUACUGAUGUUUAAAACUCGAGAAAUUAAGGCUUUUUUUUGGGGGGGGGAGAUUCAAGUGAAAUAUUGUUAGAAAAAAAUAGUCUAGAUUAUUUAAUUUUAAGAUGCACACACACACACACACACACACACACACACACACACACACACACACACACACACACACACACACACACACACACACACACACACACACACACACACACACACACACUCACACUCACACUCACACUCACCCACGCCCACGAACGUGCGCGGAAGCGGAACAUUUACAAGAAAAGGAAAUACGUGCUUGCCAAAGCAACUCCGAUUCCGAAACAAUGCUAUUCCAUAAACACUGAAACCUGAUUGAUGUCUGAUUGCAAUAAAUCAUAACUGUACAACUCA